AAGAAAAAUCACAGUGUAUAUAGUUGGUGUGAUUUCUUUAGUCAAGUAAAUAUCAUCCACCCACCAUCUUCACCCAUCUCCGGUAUCUAGUCAACCCACCGCCGCCGCCAACUCCGUUCACUUCACCUCUUCAGAUGGAGGCGGAAUUUUUAGGGUUCGAAGAAGUACCGGCAUUGGAAGACGAUGAACAACGAAAAUUAGUUCCUUGGUUAGACUGGAACGAAUGGCUUUCCGUUAGAGAUGCUCUCUUCUCUCAUUCUUCUCAAUCUCUUUCCUUUGCUCUUAAACGAAUUUCGUCAUGGCGGAGUCGAGGUUCAUUGCCGGCUGCCAUCGACGUCACUGCUACAAUAGUUGAAAUUCAGAACAUGGACCCCUUUUUUAGACAGGAUAAAUUGGAUGAUGGUUCUGUUUCAGAGGAGAUUCUAAGUAAUCUGUAUACCAUGGCAAUCGUGAGGCUUGUGAAUGCUACUGUUGAGAAGAUAGGGACGAAAGAACAAGGGUCAAUAAAUGUGCGUGCUGACAAAAUUUGCAUUCCACGCAUGCUGAUUGAUGUUCGCCACGAGGGAUCACAUCGUGAGCUUCCAUCGCUCAAUGUUGCCCGUAGUGCCUCCGUUAAGGCACUUGAUUGGUUAAAAUCUUAUUAUUGGGAGCCUCAGAGCGAAGCAAUUCCUUUUCAAGGUAAAGGCAAUGCAGAUGUCAAAAAGGAAAUCAAGUCUACGAUUCGUAAAUUAGCUAUCUGCGUGAAAGUCAGUGGGAGUCCCCAGUCUAGUACACUGCUCAAGGGAAAACUUCCCAAGAAACAGAUUAAGAGGAUCUUGAAAUCUGUAAUUCGGUUACAUUCUUCCUUCUCUUCAGAGACUGUGUCGGUGUUGUUGGAUUAUUUGUUGAAAACAUUAAGUUCUUCAGAGUUCAAAAAGAAUGUAGACGAUGCUUCUGUUGGUCCCACCAUAGAGAAUGUUUUGGCUGAUUGGAAGCCUGUCAUACUCAAAUUGUACAACAAGGAACCAGAAUUGCAUCUGAAUCUCCUUAAGGAAGUUCUUCAUAAGAUUGAAGCUCAGGAAGAUAUGAAGUGUGAAGAAGAUAACUCUAGUCAAGGGUUUUAUCAAAGUGCUUAUCUUUCUUCUUUGUUUGCAUGGCUUGUUCGAAUUCACGACAAAAAAACUUCUGUAGCAAAUAUGCCAAAGAGGGUUAUGCACGAACUUGUUCGUAAAUGUAUCCUAAUAUCACGGCUUUGCAACAAGCAGAUCAUGGAUUCAGCUCUUCAUCUUGCAAAACUGAUGGAUGAUAAAUCUUUGUUGAAGAAAGUUCAAUUGCUUUCUGGUCUUGCUUUGUCCAACAUUGUUGACAAUGCAGAUGAUCAAAACUCUUCAUUGACUUCAACGAAUGUUUCCCAAUUCGAGGAAUCCCUGCGUGAAGCAAAUAAAAAACUUGAGUUAGUCAAACAACAGAUAACGAGAAAUAAACAGUCAAGUGAAAUGAAUUGUGAGACUGAAGAAACACAGGUGUGGACUUUGGCUAAGUCAUGGAACCCAUGUCCUAUCGGCAUGUUGCCUCAUUUUAUUGGUUCAUCUGGUUGCCUUCCUGUUCUUGAUGUUAUUGAUAAUGAAACCGUUCUUGAUGUUAUUGAUAAUGAAGAACAUAAUCAAGUACCAGCAAGCAAAGGGAAUUGGAAAUUGAUCAAACAUGGUGCCAAGCGAGAUGCCCCUUCAGACAUUCAGCUACUCGAUAACUCAACUGCUAAGAAGAUGAGGGAAACCGAAGAACCUGGCGAAUUAAACAGCGAAACUCCAACGGAAGAGGAUGAAUUACCAACGGAAGAGGGGAAAGGAUACCUAAUAGUAGGCGGGAUUUGGAAGAAAGUAACAGAGGAAGAACUACUAGCCAUUCAAUCUUCUGUGAGAAUUUUAAUUUAAUUGAUACCUGCUUAGAUUAGCUCAGCUCAGCUCAGCUCAAAUUUUGAUUAUGAUUUUCAGUUUAAUUAUUCAUAAGCUUUUUUUUUUACUUAAUUUAGGUAGUGGUUAUUUAUGAUACCAAUAUAGGAUAUAGAUGUCUUGUCUGUUUGAGUUAAUUCAUUUGUGCUGUUAUUACUAAUGUUAAAAGAAUUUAUUAAAUUAAAUAUAACAAAAGUAAUAUAAGUUUUAUGCA